GAGCUUGUGGCCCAACUGACCAAUUACAAGCCAGAAACAAAUAGCGCAGUAUACGUAUGACGUAACGUCAAUUGUAAAAAAAAAAAGAAAAAAGAAAAAAAGGAAUCCCACUGAAAAUCUGUAAGGGACUGUGUGGUGUGUAACGUUGGACUUGCUCACCGGUCAGGAAUGUCAGCCGGCGGCGACAACGGAGCUCGACUCAACCAGUUCAAAAACAAAGGGAAAGAUGCCAGCGAGCUCAGGCGCAGGAGGGCGGAAGUCAACGUGGAGCUGCGAAAGGCAAAGAAAGAUGAUCAGAUCUUAAAGAGGAGGAAUGUCGACAGUCUCCUGGACGAGCCGACCUCUCCUCUGCAAGAGAAAGACCCCAACGCACAGCCACAUCAGCACUGGUCUGUGGAGGAGAUUGUAGAAGGUGUAAACGGCCAGAACCUGGAUCAUCAGCUGCAGGCCAUGCAGGCAGCCAGAAAGCUUCUCUCCAGAGAAAAGCACCCGCCUAUCGACAACAUAAUCGCUGCCGGCCUCAUCCCAAGGUUCGUUAGUUUUCUGGCAUUCUCUGACUGUCCUCCCAUCCAGUUUGAGGCGGCUUGGGCACUGACCAACAUUGCCUCGGGUACAUCGGACCAGACCACUGCUGUAGUGGAAGGAGGGGCCAUCCCGGCCUUCAUCAGCCUGGUGACUUCACCCCACCCACAUAUAAGCGAACAGGCCAUUUGGGCCCUGGGGAACAUUGCAGGCGAUGGAUCAAACUACAGAGACCUAGUGAUCAAACACGGUGGACUCCAGCCGCUCCUGGCCGUGCUGGCGGCCCCUGACCUGUCUGUGUUUCCGUAUGGCUACCUGCGCAACGUCACAUGGACGCUGUCCAACCUGUGUCGGAACAAGAACCCAGCCCCUCCCUUGCUGGCGGUGCAGCAGCUGCUUCCAGCCCUGCUGCGCCUCCUGGACCACGAUGACAAGGAGGUCCUGGCCGAUACCUGCUGGGCUGUGUCCUAUCUGACCGAUGGCUCCAAUGAGAGGAUAGAGGUUGUGGUGCAGGCUGGCCUGGUGCCUCGCCUGGUCCAGCUUCUGGUCUGUGAGGAGCUCUCCAUUGUGACUGUAGCCCUGCGGUCACUUGGAAACAUUGUGACUGGGACAGAUGAACAGACCCAGUGUGUUCUGAAUGCAGGUGCCCUGGCCAUGUUCCCCAUCCUUCUGCGUCACCAAAAGACCAACGUCCAGAAAGAGGCUGCCUGGACACUGUCCAACAUCACCGCUGGCAAGGACACCCAGAUCCAGGAGGUUAUCAAUGCAGGACUGGUGCCCAUCCUGGUGGAGAUCCUCCAACAGGGAGACUUCAAGACCCAGAAAGAGGCAGUGUGGGCGGUGACCAAUUACACCAGUGGUGGAACAGUAGAACAAGUGGCCUACCUCGUCCAGUGCAACGUGCUGGUGCCUCUGCUCGACCUACUGACAGCCAGAGACAGCAAGAUUGUCCUGGUCAUCCUGGAUGCAAUCUGCAAUAUUUUACAGACGGCAUACAAAGCUGGCGAGAGUGAGAAACUGUGCCUAAUGAUUGAGGAGUUGGGUGGUUUGGACAAGAUUGAAGCACUGCAGUCCCACGACAACGAAGCCGUCUACAAGUCGUCUCUCAACAUUAUUGACAGAUUUUUCUCUGAUGAGAAUGAAGAUGAGUCUGUGGUUCCUGAGGCCACAGGAGACUGCUAUACCUUCCAGACCCCCGAAGACCCAAGCACUUUCCAAUUUUAACAUGUUCAGUUUGCCUUUUGUAACAUAAAAAUAAUUUUUCUACUUUGUUUUUAUUUUUGUAUUAUUUUUUACAAUUAAUCCUUGUACAUAACAGUCCAAGGACAAAAUAUCCUUGUUUUGAAAAUGUUUGUGGAAUAAAUUUUAAUAAUGCA